AUGUUCGCUGCGGUCCUGAGACGGCGCGCAGUGCAGUCCUCCCUCCCCUUCCAAUUCGCUCGAUGCUAUGCCUCCAAGUCUUUUCCGCCUCAUACGGUGGUCACAAUGCCCGCUCUGUCGCCCACUAUGACAUCCGGUAAUAUCGGGACGUGGCAGAAGAAGGUUGGAGACGCGGUCGCCCCGGGAGAUGUACUGGUUGAGAUCGAGACCGACAAGGCGCAAAUGGACUUUGAGUUCCAGGAGGAUGGCGUUCUGGCCAAGAUCUUGAAGGAAUCGGGCGCGAAGGAUAUCGCAGUUGGUAAUCCCAUCGCUGUCGUGAUCGAGGAGGGCGCCGAUGCGUCUGCCUUCGAUGCCUUCACACUCGAGGAUGCUGGAGGAGAGAGUGCACCUGCACCACCACCAAAGGAGGAGGCCAGCCAAUCGUCCGAGACCGCAGACACACAAUCUGGAACUGCUCCACCAAAGGCCAAGUCAACACCAGCCCCCGAACAAACCGAGUCGAGUGGUGGAAAGUUAGAACCGGCUUUGGCGAGAGCUCCGAAUGCGAGUGCUGCGGCUAUCAGAUUGGCAAUUGAUUCUGGUGUCAAAAUCACUGGUCUCAAGGGUACUGGAACUGGUGGGCAAAUCACUGAGGCCGAUGUCAAGAAGGCUUCCUCUGGAAGCGCUCCAGCUGCCCCGGGUGCGGCUCCUACAGCUUCAUACGUCGACACCCCCAUCUCCUCCAUGCGCAAAACUAUCGCCAACCGUCUCACCGAGUCUAUGAACCAAAACCCCCACUACUUUGUUGCAGCCACUGUAUCCGUUAGCAAGCUCUUGAAGCUCCGAGCUGCCCUCAACGCUUCCGCAAAUGGCGAAUACAAGCUCUCGGUCAACGAUUUCUUGAUCAAGGCUGUCGGUGUUGCAUGCAAGAAGGUGCCUACUGUCAACUCCAGCUGGAGAGACGGUUUCAUCCGCCAAUUCAACAACGUUGAUGUCAGCGUCGCUGUCGCAACCCCCGUCGGCCUCAUGACCCCCAUCGUCAAGAAUGUCGAAGGUCUCGGUCUGUCGUCCAUCUCCGCCGCCGUCAAGGACCUCGGAAAGCGUGCGCGCGAUGGUAAGCUCAAGCCCGAAGAGUACCAAGGCGGAACCUUUACCAUCUCCAACAUGGGCAUGAACUCCGCGAUUGACCGCUUCACCGCCGUCAUCAACCCACCCCAAGCCGGUAUCCUGGCCGUUGGAACCACCAAGAAGGUUGCCAUCCCUGUCGAGACCGAGGAGGGCACUUCGCUAGAGUGGGACGACCAGAUUGUAGUCACGGGCUCCUUCGAUCACAAGGUUGUGGAUGGUGCGGUGGGUGGUGAGUGGAUCAAGGAGUUCAAGAAGGUGGUGGAGAAUCCCUUGGAGCUGCUGCUGUAA